CAGGUCAGUAAAAGGAAAAGAUCUUUGUUGUCACUCAGUUUGAAAAUGUAGUCACACAAAAAGGAAAAAAGAAGGCUAAAGAAUUUCAUAUAUGACACUUCCGCUUUUUUUUAUCUUCCACCCAACCUUUUCUUCUCACACUUUCUUCUUAAUUCAAAACAAAACUAACAACAAUGGGUGGAGACACAAAGUACUACGAUAUCCUUGGAGUGUCGCCUAAUGCAACCGAUGCUGAAAUCAAAAAGGCAUAUAGAAAGUUGGCUAUGAAACAUCACCCUGAUAAGAACCCUGAUGCUGGAGACAAGUUCAAAGAGAUUAGCCAUGCUUAUGAAACUUUGAGUGAUCCAGAGGCCCGUGAGAUGUAUGAUCAGUAUGGCGAGGAUGGGCCUGGCGGUGCAGGAGGAUUUGGCUUCGGAGGUAUGUCUCAGGAAGAAAUGUUUGCGCACAUGUUCGGCGGCGGAGGAUUUUUUGGAGGCGAUGAGUUCCCAGGAGCAGGAGGUCGUCGGUCCAAACCACGCCGUGGUGAAGAUAUUUCUCAUAAUCUCAACGUUACUCUUGAGGACCUCUACAACGGAAAGACAACCAAGUUGUCUCUAGAGAAAAAUGUUAUCUGCGGUCUCUGUCAUGGCAAAGGAGGCAAGGCUGGUGCAGUCAAAAAGUGCACGACAUGCGAUGGUCGUGGAGUCAAACUAGUUGUAAGACAGAUCGGUCCUGGCAUGAUGCAGCAAAUGCAGGUCCCAUGUACCGGAUGUAAAGGCCAAGGCGAAACCAUGCGCGAUAAGGACAAAUGUAAAAAGUGCAAAGGCAAUAAGGUCGUUAAUGAGAAAAAGGUCAUGGAGAUCUUUAUCGAGAAGGGCAUGCGUCACGGUGAGAAGAUUCCGAUGAAGGGCGAGGGUGAUCAACAACCUGGUAUCGAGACUGGUGAUGUGGUUCUGGUUCUUCAGCAGAAACCUCAUGCUUUGUUUGAGCGUAGUGGCGCUGAUUUGUCAUGCAAAAUCACUAUCCCAUUGGUUGAAGCGCUCUGUGGUUUCUCAAAGAUCUUGAUCACUCAUUUGGACGGCCGUGGGAUUCAUGUGGAACACCCUGCAGGAAAAAUCAUCAGGCCCGGUGAGGUCAAGAAGAUUAGUGGAGAGGGUAUGCCCCAUUUCAAGAGGCCCCAUGAUAAGGGUGAUCUUUACAUUACCUUUGAGGUUGAGUUCCCUAAGGACGACUGGCUUCCUGCUGGUGACCUGAAGGUGCUUGAGAAACUCCUACCCGCCCGUGGUCCUGCUGCAAUGGAGCCUGAGUUGGUCGACCAUUGCAUCUUGGAAAAAGGAGACAUGGACGAUUAUGGUGCUCAAAGCCAUAGUGGCAAUGCAUAUGAUUCAGACGAUUCUGAAGACGGACAUGGUCAUGGACCAGGAGUACAAUGCGCGCAGUCUUAAGAAAAAAAAAAAGUGUUUUUCUUUUUGCUCCGUUACUGGCUUCUUUUUAUUUCUCUCAUUUUUUUCAUGUAUCAUAGAAUGCAAAGCGACAUGCAAAUAAACCAGACAUAGAGCAUUGACAUAAAAGGAAG